AGACACAGAGAGAGAGAGAGAGAGAGAGAGAGAGAGAGAGAGAGAGAGAGAGAGAGAGAGUGGGAGAAGAAAAGAGAGAAGAAAAACAUUCCCCACCCCUCUGCUCUCUGAGGCUGCUGUUGAUCGGAUCACAUCAGACUGUGAGCUCACACUCUGAAGACAGACAUGAAUUAAGAGCAUGUGUCUGCUUUCACUUUUGUUUGUAAUUAAAGCUCCCCUUGUCCAGGAUCGGUGAGGAUGAAAAGAAGAUAAACGAAGAACUGAAGUGGGUUUAGUGCAGAUUCUGUGGAUGAGACUGGAUUGAGACCCUGCAUACAGACAGUUUCUUUGAGGAGAGUCAGGUAUUUGUUCUGUAAUUUGUUUUAACUCCGUUCACUCAAUGUUGCGGGAAGGAAAGGAGGAAGAACGAGCGCCUUCAGACAGACGAAGCUUUCACACGGUGAGAGUGGAGUGACGAGUCAUGGGCAUGUGUCACCUGCAGAGGCGAGGAUGGGUAAACUUGAGGAAAACUACGAGAGGAUAAUCCUCAACGUCGGUGGCACGAGGCACGAGACGUACCGUACCACGCUCCGGACGCUGCCGGGAACACGCCUAGCCCUGCUCGCCUCAAUUCCGUCCUCCUCCCUCUGUGGAUCUGGUUCUGAAUCAGAAGCAGAAUCUACACUGCUGGAUCAUCAUCAUCAUUAUCAUCAUCAUGGGCAGGAUCUACAGGUGCGCAUUGGUAAUGAGUACUUUUUUGACCGUCACCCAGGUGUGUUUGCAUACGUGCUGAAUUACUAUCGCACGGGGAAGCUGCACUGCCCUGCUGAUGUGUGUGGGCCACUGUUUGAGGAGGAACUUGCCUUCUGGGGCAUUGACGAGACGGACGUGGAGCCGUGUUGCUGGAUGACCUACCGCCAACACAGAGAUGCCGAGGAGGCACUGGACGUCUUCGACAUGAACGUGAUGGGCAGCGGGAUGGGGACCGACGAGGAUGAGGAGAAUGAUAAAGAGCAGGACAAACAUGAGGUGGGGAAGAGAAUAAGGGUUGGAGAGGCAGAGCACACCAGGGGGACAAGUUUGAGUCGCUGGAGGAGGUGGCAACCUGUCAUCUGGAACCUGUUUGAGGACCCGUACUCAUCUCGGGCAGCUCGGUUUGUUGCUUUUGCCUCUUUGUUCUUCAUCAUGGUCUCCAUCACCACCUUCUGCCUGGAGACUCAUGAAGCCUUCAACACCAUCAUCAACAAGACAGAUGCUGUAAGGAAUGAGAGUGUGCAUGACUUGGUGCCUCAGUAUGAGAUUGAGACAGAUCCAGCACUCACAUAUGUCGAGGGUGUCUGCGUCCUCUGGUUCACCUUCGAGUUCCUGGUGCGUGUGACAUUUAGUCCUGAUAAACUGGAAUUCGUCAAAAGUGUCCUGAACAUAAUCGACUUUGUAGCAAUCCUCCCAUUUUAUCUUGAAGUUGGACUGAGUGGUUUGUCAUCCAAAGCGGCAAAAGACGUCCUGGGGUUCCUUCGAGUGGUCCGCUUUGUACGGAUUCUGAGAAUCUUCAAGUUGACUCGUCACUUUGUUGGCCUGCGGGUUCUCGGGCACACCCUCCGUGCCAGUGUGAAUGAAUUCUUCCUCCUCAUAAUCUUCCUCGCCCUUGGUGUCCUUAUCUUUGCCACCAUGAUCUACUACGCAGAGCGGAUCGGUGCUAAUCCCAAUGACCCGACUGCCAGUGAUCACACCAAAUUCAAAAACAUUCCCAUUGGAUUCUGGUGGGCCGUGGUCACCAUGACGACUCUAGGGUAUGGUGACAUGUACCCUCAGACAUGGUCAGGAAUGCUGGUAGGGGCACUGUGUGCACUAGCAGGUGUGCUAACAAUAGCAAUGCCUGUUCCAGUCAUUGUCAAUAAUUUUGGCAUGUAUUACUCACUAGCCAUGGCUAAGCAGAAGCUACCAAAUAAAAGGAAGAAGCACAUUCCCCAGGUGGUGCAAACUCCAUCUCCAUCCUUCUGCAGGACUGAUCUGAGUUUAGCAUGCAACAGCAACCCUGUAGAUCUGCGUUUGGGACAAAGCCGAGGGCUCGAGCACCACCGAUCAGACCUCAGUGCAGGAAGUGACAUCACAACAACUCCAGAGGAGCAGGUGCCUAUGCAGAAUCGACACGGUGGAGGAACUUGCUUCCUGUUGGCUGCCAGUGAUUACAGCUGCACCGCUGACUCCGCCCACCGCAAAUCAGGCUUUGAGAAAUCCCGAAGUUUAACCAACAUAGCAGUGACAUCACCAUACAGCUCGCCCUGUCCAAUCAGACGCUUCCGCUCGCCGAUUCCAUCAGUCCAAUGAAUCACAGCAUCUGCAUAUUACAGACACUUUCUUUUAUUCAAUAUUAAAACUAUUUUAGGCAAUAAGGAAUACAACAGCAUUAAUUCAGAUGCCAGACUUCCCCUGUGGGAGGAGUUAGAGGUGUCAGGAUCAUUGUGGCUGCACAGGCAUCUGGACAUGAACAAUCUGAACUGAUUUAAAGUGACUGUGAAUAUAGUGUUUAUAACCCUUAUUGUAGCAUUGUUUAUAACCCUGCUCUGAUCCUGACAUGCACCGUUACCCCUUUUCUUCCACACUAAAAAUGACCUAUCCUUUUGUCCCACUAAUAAAUACCUCUUAAUACUCGUCACUUGCACCUUUCUGCCCCCACAGUUGCACCAUCUCAUUAUAUAACUGAAUUAUGUUUAUUUAUAAAUAAUUAAAGUCAAGAACUUUUAUUCUUUUAUUAUUUAAUUUUUCAAAGUAACUCAGAGAACUGCAGUAAACAGACAUCUAUAAUUAUCCACACACUAUUAUCAUGUAUUACAUGUGUAUUAAGCAUGUAAUAAGCUUAUAAUAACACAUUAUUAAUAAUCACAAUGCUUGGCUAAUAGUUUAAGUAGAUGCAAUUAUUUAAUUAUAUAAUUGUUAUAUCACCGAACUACAUUAUAUUCACUUCACAUUAAACUUCAUUUCCCAUCAUGCUUCAUGUUGACAUCACUGACAUCACUGUGCAUCUGCUCUCACACUGUGUUCUACAGUAAACAUGCUAUAACUGUAGUGAAAAGGUGUGUGAUAAAGUAUUUAAACUGAACUAUGUGUUUAAUCCUGUGUAUCACACACGUGUGUGUAACGUUGUGUAGAUGUUGUGUUUACUUCCUGUAUAAUCUUGUGUUAAAGCUGUUGUUGAUUCAGAAUGUUGUUGUUUCAGCUGUGACUAAACCUCUGGCUGAAAUACAACUGAUAUCAGCUAAAGGUGGAGAGGGUGGAGCCAAUAUAGACUCAGAUGGAUUUGACGAUUUGGAUUGGACAGUAUGGAACCGAAUAACUCUGUGAUUGGACAGUCUGGACUACUGUAGCAUGUCUCUGUUUGGACUGUGACUGGACACUGUAUUGGACAAUCUGGAUUAGAAAAACUCUGGAUACACUUGAAAAAGUCUGAUAGAUGACUGUGAUUGGACACCUGGAUGAUGAUCGGACAGUCUGGAAUUGUGUGGUGAACGGAAACAUAAUUGGGAUUGGAUUAUCACACCUCUGACUGACCUGUUUGCAUCAUCAUAUCUCAGCAGUACGAGUAUCACAUAUCUGGACAGCAUGGCUUACCUUACCUCUCUGAUUGGACAGUACAGAUUUGCACCAAUUGACGGUAUGGAUCAUCAUAUCUCUAAUUAGAAAGUACAGAUUAUCUUAUAUUUUUGAUUGGACAGUAUAGAUUAGCAUAUAUUUUUAAGUGGACAGUAUGGAUUAGCGGAUCUCUGAUUGGACAGUAUGGAUUAGCGGAUCUCUGAUUGGACAGUAUGGAUUAGCGGAUCUCUGAUUGGACAGUAUGGAUUAGCUGAUCUCUGAUUGGACAGUAUGGAUUAGCUGAUCUCUGAUUGGACAGUAUGGAUUAGCGGAUCUCUGAUUGGACAGUAUGGAUUAGCUGAUCUCUGAUUGGACAGUAUGGAUUAACACCUCAGCAGCUUCAUAGUUAAACACUGUAUCUGUACAGAAGAAGAUAAACACAGAACUGCCCCACAGUACCCCAUAUCUGUCACCAUCCAAAAAGCCCAUAAACCAUGUUAAUCCCUAUUAUCUUUAUUAUUGCCCCAAGUUUAACUGCCCCCUCCUAAAUGCCUUAUAUUCCCAAAAAUGUCCUUUUUUGCACAAUGACUCUCCAAAUGACUGUGCUGCAUUUUUGCCCCACCAAACUGCCCUUGCUGCCACUCCUCUACCCUUAUGUGUCCCUGCUCCUUUGUUGACACAUAAAUUUCCCCUUAAAUGUUACAUACUGCAUUUGUACAGCAGACUACAUUAUCAUAUCUACCCUGUCUCUACGUACAAUACCCCCACAUAAAUGCCCCACCCAGAGUAGGUGUGUGUACAUUGUGUGUGAAAUUGGAGUGUUAGUGUGUUACAGAGUAGGAACAUAAUCUGUUAAUAAGUGUAACCUGAACAUCA